UAGCCAGACCUCUCCUGGGCCAUCUUGUGAGUGGGGUAUACCCUAUGCAGGCUUUGGGCUGGCAUGCUGACACAGGGAUCCCUGCCACUUUAUCACCACUUCCUGAGAGCAGAAGCCCCCUUUCUUUUGUACUGAUGGAGACCAUCAUUCAGCCCAGUGCCUAGCCACAGGCAGCCAUCGAUAAAACACAAGAUUAGCUGGUAGGCUUGUGUGGUGAGAUGGGCCUGAACCCAAAGAACGAGACUGGAGAGAGCAGUCCCAAAUGCAGUAGCGGCGGUCCAUUCAAGAAAUAUUUACAGGAUGAGGCACUGUUCUAAGGGCUGAGAACACAGCUGUGAAUAAGAGUAAGAUUCUGUCGUCUGAAGGCUCGCAACGAACACUUAGAUCAUCUACAGACUUCAGAUACUGAUGAGUUCUAUCAGGGUGAUGUAAUAGGGAGGGGUGGGCGGAAGACUUCUCAGAGGCUUGAGAGAACGACUUCUCUUCCUCUGGGCCAAGAAAAGCUGGGAAGGUGCAGGAGCCGCUCGCAUCCUUCCUAGCAGAGAAGUAAAAUCGGGCCGGGAACCGAUAUCCGUUAUUCUUGCCUCCGAGGUCGAGCCAGGCCUGCAGACCGGAUUUCCGAUCCCCUUGCUACAGCCUCGCCCAGGAAGGCCCAGAACGACUUCCAAGAACAACACAACUGCCGGUCCUAGAGGCCUUUGAUUACGUCCUGGACUAGAAUGCGACUAUGGGCUGCGGACUCAAUUGGGGGAAGGGCCAAGCAACGAGCCUUGAAGUUUGAAUUCUUGGAAUCUUCCUAGCUGAAUGAGAACACACUUCCCAGUUGCUGACAGACGUGAUGUUUUACCGGCUGCUGUCAAUUGUCCGACAGCAAAGAGUCAGCCCAGGAUGGCAGAACUGGCCCUCAGCAAGAAGCAGCACAUCAGCUGCCGAGGCCCAUUCUAUUGCCCUGCCUGCCCAGGCGCAGGUAGUCAUCUGUGGCGGUGGGAUCAUGGGCACCUCCGUGGCCUAUCACCUCUCCAAGCUGGGGUGGAAGGAUAUUGUCCUUUUGGAACAGGGCAGGCUAGCUGCGGGCUCUACAAGGUUCUGUGCUGGCAUCCUGAGCACUGCCAGACACUUGACCAUCGAGCAGAAGAUGGCCGACUAUUCAAACAAACUCUGUCAUCAGUUAGAGCAAGAAACAGGGAUCCAAACAGGUUACGUGAGGACAGGCUCGAUCUCUCUGGCCCAAACUCAGGACCGGCUGAUCUCCCUGAAGCGCAUCAACUCAAGGCUGAAUGUUAUGGGCAUCCCUUCUGAGAUCAUCUCCCCCAAGAAAGUGGCUGAACUUCACCCUCUCCUUAAUGUGCACGACCUGGUGGGGGCCAUGCAUGUCCCUGAGGAUGCAGUCGUGUCCUCUGCUGAUGUGGCUCUUGCCCUGGCAAGUGCUGCCUCCCAAAAUGGUGUUCAGAUCUACGACCGGACAACUGUUCUUCACGUAAUAGUCAAAAAAGAUCAAGUCACUGGCGUGGAGACAGAUAAAGGACAGAUUGACUGCCAGUAUUUUGUCAACUGUGCUGGUCAGUGGGCAUACGAGCUGGGUCUGUCCAACGAGGAGCCGGUUAGUAUCCCGUUACAUGCCUGUGAACACUUCUACCUUCUGACUCGCCCCUUGGAGACCCCUCUGCAGAGCAACACACCAACUAUUGUGGAUGCUGAUGGGAGGAUUUAUAUUCGGAACUGGCAGGGUGGCAUCUUGUCUGGGGGCUUUGAGAAGAACCCGAAACCAAUUUUCACUGAGGGCAAGAACCAGCUGGAGAUUCAGAAUCUACAGGAAGACUGGGAUCACUUCGAGCCCCUGUUGAGUUCCCUUCUGCGUAGGAUGCCACAGUUGGAGGCUCUGGAGAUCAUGAAGUUGGUGAAUUGCCCUGAGACCUUCACACCAGACAUGAGGUGCAUCAUGGGCGAGUCUCCCACGGUUCAGGGCUACUUCGUCCUGGCAGGAAUGAACUCUGCUGGCCUGUCAUUCAGUGGAGGAGCUGGCAAGUACCUCGCUGAAUGGAUGGUAUAUGGUUAUCCCUCAGAAAACGUCUGGGAGUUGGACUUGAAACGUUUUGGAGCCCUCCAGAGCAGCCGCACCUUUCUGCGCCACCGUGUCAUGGAAGUCAUGCCUCUGUUGUAUGAUCUGAAGGUUCCCCGUUGGGACUUCCAGACUGGGAGGCAGCUACGCACAUCUCCUCUGUAUGACCGUUUGGAUGCACAAGGAGCCCGAUGGAUGGAGAAACAUGGAUUUGAGAGACCAAAGUACUUUGUUCCACCUGAUAAAGACCUCCUGGCAUUGGAACAGAGCAAGACCUUUUAUAAGCCAGAUUGGUUUGACAUUGUGGAGUCUGAAGUCAAGUGUUGUAAGGAGGCUGUGUGUGUGAUUGACAUGUCCUCUUUUACAAAGUUUGAAAUAACGUCCACCGGGGAUCAGGCAUUAGAAAUUCUACAGUACCUCUUCUCCAAUGACCUUGACGUGCCCGUGGGCCACAUCGUGCAUACCGGCAUGCUCAAUGAGAGCGGAGGGUAUGAGAAUGACUGCAGCAUAGCACGAAUAAACAAGCGCAGUUUCUUCAUGAUUUCUCCAACUGACCAGCAGGUCCACUGUUGGUCCUGGCUUAAGAAGCACAUGCCAAAAGACAGCAACCUGCUUCUGGAGGACGUCAGCUGGAAAUACACUGCCCUCAAUCUGAUUGGCCCCCGAGCUGUGGAUGUUCUGUCCGAGUUGUCCUAUGCUCCUAUGACUCCUGACCACUUCCCAAGCCUCUUUUGCAAGGAGAUGAGUGUGGGCUAUGCAAAUGGCAUCCGGGUGAUGAGCAUGACUCACACAGGAGAGCCGGGAUUCAUGCUUUACAUCCCCAUUGAGUAUGCCCUACAUGUGUACAAUGAAGUGAUGAAUGUUGGACAGAAAUAUGGAAUCCGAAAUGCUGGGUAUUAUGCUCUUCGUAGUCUCCGAAUUGAGAAGUUUUUUGCCUUCUGGGGUCAGGAUUUAAAUACCUGCACAACACCCCUGGAAUGUGGACGAGAGUUUCGGGUGAAAUUAGAGAAGGGGAUGGAUUUCAUCGGUCGGGAUGCCCUGCUGCAGCAGAAGCAGAACGGGGUGUAUAAGCGCUUCACGAUGUUUAUUUUGGAUGACCACGACACAGACCUGGACCUUUGGCCUUGGUGGGGAGAGCCCAUUUACCGAAACGGGCGGUAUGUUGGCAAAACCACCAGCAGUGCCUAUAGCUUCACCCUGGAGCGCCACGUGUGCCUGGGCUUUGUGCACAACUUUUCCGAGGACACUGGGGAGGAGCAGGUGGUGACAGCAGAUUUCAUCAACCGGGGAGAGUAUGAGAUUGAUAUUGCGGGGCACCGGUUCCAGGCCAAGGCCAAGCUCUACCCCUUCAGCUCCCUCUUUACCCAUAAACGCCGAAAGGAUGACGUGGAGCUAAGUGACUUUCAUGGAAAGUAAUGCCGGGACAGUCUCCCCUCCUCCCCCAUCAUCUUAUUUCCGGAGGAGGACAUCUUAGAAGCAUCUCUUUCUUCCAUCUGAUCCCUUCCCUCUUCUUUUCUAAUAUUCUCCUUCCAUCUCUUUCCUCCUUCGUAUAAUUUUAAACUUACCUACUCUAAAUUUUUUUGUUCUGAAGCCUCUCUUCCAUCUUCUCCUCCUCUUGCAGUCCUCCUCCUCCUAAUUCUCACUUUGGGCUUUUCCUCUCCCUUCACCUAUCUCAGAUUUCCGUGGUGACAGGAAGUAUGUCUGACAGGACAGGAGCAGGCUCCUUGUAGAAGUGGGUUAAGGUAACAGGCUGACUUCAAAUACUGUAUCUUCAAGCAAGGAACGCUGAUGUGCAGGCCUCAGGGCAAGAGGUAAUCUCCCUCGGGCUAACUUUUCUCUGAGUAACCUGUUAAUUUUGGUGGGAUUGCUAGAUGUCAGAUUCAGUUCCAUAGAAUAGCAUGUGCCUUUUAGCCAGGCAGAUCACUCUCCUGUUACAUUGUGCUGUGCAUUUGGCACUCUGAUACCUCUAGCAAGAGGACAAUUGUCUACCUCACUGACGAGAGGCUUGGCAUGUACAUUGUCUGGUCCACAGCAGAGACAAACAGUUAACCUGGCCUCAUCCUCGUUCUCCCUACAUACUGAACCAGUUGUCAGAGCUUUGGGCUGGGACAACCCCGCCUAUAAUUUUCUUCAUCUCUUGUUAAUAUCUAUAAUGAAUGAUAUUUUUUUUUUAGCCGAAUAAACAAGUAAGCCACAGUGUUUGAAAGGGAAAAACCAUGUUGCCUUUUGUUUUGCUUUUCCUAGCUGAAGGGUCGGACCUCAGAAAGUACACCACCACCAAGUUGAGUUUUCUGCUAUUAAAAUAGUGCUGCUUUUCUUUCACCUGUUGAAAGUUCAGGCAUCCCACCUCAGUUUUCCUCUUCUCCAGGUACAGUUGACUUUACCAGUUCAGCCUCACCUGUCCCUUCUGCAGCAGGCCCACUAGCUCAGCAUCAGUUUCUUUCCCUUGAGAACAGGGAGGGGAAGGUAGGUUGUGUCGUCCUGGUUGAAUAGCUAAACCUUGCUGGCCAUGCAGAGUCCAGAGAGCUGUUGGAAUCCCAAGUUUGCUUUCUCCAACACAGAGCAGACCAAGCCACAUGUAGAUGUCCCACACGGCUCUCCUGGAGCAUGCACAGUAUGGAGGGUGAGUUACAGAAGCCUAGAGGUACUUCUCUCUUCUCCCAGGCUUUUUCUUUUCUCGUGUAGUGUCCCUCCAUAUCCUGUGGAAUAGAAAGUAACUUAGUGUACCAGAAGAGGGCCCUGCACAUUUUUAAGCAGUGUCUUUUUUCUGAAGGUAAAACUUAGAUACCACAGACUGUGCUGUCUGGUCCCAAGUCCCAACACUUCAUUUUCUCUUGGAUAUAGAUAGCUCUAAUCUGUUUUUUUGUUUUGUUUUUCUUAAGUGCAGACAAACUGCUAUUAGAGAUUUUAAGUGAACGGUAGCCUUUAUUGUCUUGGUAUCUUGGAAGCAUUAGCUCUCAUGGGACUAUAAUAUAUUAAAGAAAGUUAUACAGCUUAAAAUUCUCAGGUGUCUGCCUUUUCUGACAUUUCUUUGGGAUCUCAGUUUACCCACUUAACCAGGCUUGCACCUUGUCCCUUCUAGACAUUUCUUGCCAUUUCUCUAGCUGGACCAUUUCUAAUUGAUGACUGACUUUAGUCCAUCCUUUUUGGGGUCUUAGUUGAUUUAUUAAGGGGGUGUGUGAUUAAAGUUCUGUUUUGGAGGCCUACCUAUUUUGGAGCAAAUGUGUAUUUAACUAGCUGAAAGAUGCUGCUUCUAGGCAAAGAGGAGGGAGGAGGAGAAGUGUUGCUUAGCUGGAGAGCAAAGCAGUUGCUCAGCAGCUGUGAAGGACUUGGGCGAGCAGGAAUGGGCACUUGGCCAAAUAACAGGAGUUACUAGCAGGGAGCCAACUGUCCUAAGAAUAUAGAAACAGAAGACAUAGAGGCACAGGUAACCUGUGAUGUUUCAGGUACGUAUAGCAUUUGCACCAUCCAAAGUCAUCUUUGUAAAUGAAAGUUUAUUUGCGAUUGAAUCCAAAAUAAAUCCUUGGUUUAUGCAUAGAUACUACUCUUCCAGCCUUAAAUGUGGCAAUAUAUUUGUCAUUUAACUAUAAAGUAGAAGUGUUAUAUCGCUUAAUUAAGAUCCAAAUUGAAAAAACAAAAGUUCUCUCUACAGUUUAAAAGUGGAGAAUGCCAUCAUUAUAGUGUAUUAUUUAAAUAGAAGUUUCACCAGAAGCAUAUUUAACAUGGAGUUUUAAGACUUUGGAUUCUCUUUUUUUCUGCACUUGUUAAUCUCUAGCUAAUUGCUAUUUUGCUAAUUAGUUGUCCUUUCUAAGAAGUAGGAGGUAGAUCUGAUGUUGUGUCCAAAGUCAUGCAGUGACUUUCUGGUGAACCAGAGCUAGAAGUUCUGGCCUCCUGUUUCUUGUUGCACUCUUCCCCCCUUUGCGCCAACAGAACAGUGCUUCUCUUACUGGAAGGAGAAGAUAGAUGGGACAAGCACUCGGGACUGCAGUUUGAAAGUAUCUUGUCCAUAAAUAGGUGUCAUACUCCUGAGACCCUGGCAAGAUUUGGUCUCCUGGGGCAUCACUUGUUUACUGAAUGCCCUGAAACAUACAUAUUUAUCUUUUGGCACUUUAAAAUUCAUCCUUGAGGCCCCUUGGUCCAUUCAAAUAUAGGCACUGUGAAUAUGGUAUUUGUGUGGAUUUGGUCCUCGUGUGAGCUUGUUGAACAGGCAGCUGAAGAUAAGUGACUCUCCUGACUUUCAUGGAAUUACUUUGCCCCGUCUGGUGUCAUAUGCAUCUUAGGCAGUACAGAUGAGAGGACAUUUAACCUCGAUGACCCAUUGAUGUCAAAUGGUGAAGCGCUGUGGACUCCUGAGAGGCAGGAGCCUCUUGAGUAAAUGGGGUUGCUGAUAGGUGGGCUAGAUCCAAGAGGCCUGGCUCCAAGUCCAGCAGGAAUAAAGGACAAUCAGAACAUCCUCACUUGUUUAAUGUCAUUUCCAUCUCUUGGGCAGUGGGACCACAGGUGUUUGCCUUAUGUGACAACUCAUCCUAGAGAGCCAGUGAGUCUGUCUUCUCUCCCUUGAGAUUUGAGGGACUCUGGGUCUCUUGUGAAUGGGUGGCAUGGCUGGACUUGAGCUUUAGGUGGUUGGGCACUUUCUUCUCUCUUAAAUUAUCAGUCCUUAAUGUCUUCUGCACUCCAUGGAAGAAGGGCUCUGCAUUCUUCUCUUCUGUCUUGAUGACAUACAUAUUCAAUUAAAGAAUCUUUUUGAGCCUAGGAACAGAAAAUGUGUUGGCCUCAAGCAGAUGAAGACCCAGGGUUGCAAGUCUUCUGUGAGCCUCUCCCUCCCUUGAAAUAUCUUCCAAGUACAUACCAUUCCUCUCUUCCCCCCCAGUUACUCAUGCUGCAUGUAUAUCCUGUUUUCUUAACUCUGCCAUGGUCAUUUGACUUACAUGUAAGGUUGCAUCAGAAAGAUCUCCCUUCCUGAAAUUGCUGAAUGGGUAUAUGUUUGGCUGUGUAUGUUUUCACCAGAAAUAAAGAGAAAGAUCUCCCUUCCCUGAUACUGGCACUGAAAUCAGAAAGGCUCUAAUUAAGAGAGUUUUAAGAGCAAACAGGGACAAGAACUUUAACUACUUGGAUAGCCUGCUUGAUGUCUUUUAACCUGUGCUUCAGUCACAUGCAUAUUGCUCUUCUAGGGGUCCCUGCAGCCCCAAGUCUGAGAGACACCAGGGACACAGAGACCAUCCAGCCCAGUGAUUACACCAGUUUUCACUUUGGCCCCAAAGACUCCAUUUCUGCAGGAGUAGAACACGGUCAUUUCAGUUUGGUUCUCAUCCGGAGGAGUCUGUCCGUGGAUUGUAGCUCCUUGUACAGACCAACAGUCCUACCUGCUUCCCUUCUUUCCUGGGCUAUUUCCAAGAAAGUAACUAAAACGUGAUGAAAAAAUGAGUCUUCAGCUCUCACAGUACAUUACCCUGCCUUUUGCAUGCACUUGAAAUGUUAACCCCAUCCUCCACCACCACCAUGAUAUAUAUGGCAGUAGUGGUAUGGGAAUGAUAGUAGCUUUCUAAAAGUGUUAACUGCUUCUCUGAAGAGAUGACCCAUGGCAUUGAUUUCUGGCUCUGUUUAUCCUCUGGCUUAUGGACACAUUUGUGGAUGUUUGAGUGAGCCUUCACUAUCUUUUGAUAACCUGUAGCUGAUAAAAGGGAAUCUUCUAUGACCUGUUGACCCGUGAACACUGUGUCCUGAUAGAGCAAUUGCACUGGCUUGCUUUCAGGGAUUAGCUGCAGGGCUCAUUUUUGUGUCUCUUUAUUGCCUCUUGGCCAAUGUAGUAAGCAGAGGGCCCUCUCUAAUUCCUACGAGAUAGAGGUUUGGUCAACAGUGGUUAAUACUGAAGAAUAGCCUCCUGCUGUUUUGUCUUUCUGCACGCUCUUGCCCCUUAUAAACACUGAUAUAAACAGUAUUUUAUCAGCACGAUAACAGAUAUUUUUCUCAUAAGUAAAGAAUUUCCAUUUUGCAUAUGCCAUUUGCAGGCACAUGGAUUCAGGAGAAGCACAGUUGAGUGGAAAAAUGGUAGAUGAAAUAAUAGGAUGUUUGAGGCAUUAGCCACAUCCUGUGUACUUGCAGCAAGGAAUGAACAAACCAUAGGCCUACCUGUCAGCGCCUCCCUCCCCCAUCACCACCUUUGGCCUCCACUUAAGGUGCUGAGUUGUAAGGCUCCUUCAUUGUCAGUACAGGACUUGCCAUUUGUAGUCCUCCAUCACCACCAAUGCACUAUCUCCAAGAGGACUGAGUAUUUUUGUAUGUCUUUUCCUUUCCUUUGUCCAUUAAAUUCCAGACUUGUUCCUUGUAAAGUAUGAUUAAUGACUUCUCUGAGCAGAAUGUCUGCAUCUCUUGGAGAAUUAAACGUUUCUUCAUGGGUCAUUUUUCUCAUGAUAUUUAGAUGCACCUAUUUUUAUCCUUUGCAGACUAUCUUCUGCCUUCUUGUUUUCCUGUCUCAAUGACAGAGAUUGCAAGAGGUGGGGAGGAUAUUUUUAGUAUCUGUUUCAAAAGAUCUAUGCCAGGAUUUCCUUUGCACACCAAGAACUGGAGCUUAGAGCACGUCUUUUCUCUAAGCCAGGUUCUAGUGCCUUACACUCCAGAAUGUCAAAUGAUGGAUCUAGGCAGCAAGAAAAACAAAGGAAGUAACUUCAUUUCAGUCUGUGGGUCUCCAUCCACCCUGCAUAGCCUCUUCUUCCCCAGAACAAUUGUGUGUGGGGGUAGAAAGCUUCUCGAGCUGCGUUUCAGUGAAGGAUUUUCUAGCAGCACAGUUAACACUUUCCUCUGUGGUCAACUCUUGGAAUGUAUAAAAAUGCCACUGUAAUUAUUGUACUAUAAUUCAUUAUUUGCAUUUUGAAAAAGUGCAGUUCAGCUCAGCCCCUUUCUGUUCCCGUUCAGAGUUAGAAUGUGGUCCUGAAGACUUACGAGGCACUUUAGUAAAUGGAAUCUUUUCUAAAGAGCUGGUGACUUUAGGCACGCAGGGUGACUGAGCAUUUCUGCCCUUCAUGGACGGUAUUAAUGUUGUGCACUGUAUUUAUAUCAAGCUAGAUUUAAAUUAAGAUUUUCUUUUCAUGUUACUGGGUUUGUAAAUGAAUAAACAGACAUUUUGAUUACUCUUGUCACGUCCACUCGUGAAAUGUUCUUCAUCUGUAGGAACUUGGUCUAUGUAUUUGCCAUCACAAAGGAAUAAAUAUUGUACAUGAAAUCAUUUCUGCCUGUGUUACCGAAGUGUAAGAAAGAGUUUGGAAAUCGACUUGAAGAUACAGGCAUUUAUCUUACCCUCGUGCAGUGGUGGCAUGGCUGAGAAGAGAAAGCCUCUGUUCCUCCUCCUGAAGUUGUGAUUACUGUCUCCGGAUUUGGCAUCCUGCCUACGGUUGACUUCGCAGUAAGAACCUGACACUUGACAUAAUUACCCGUGUACACACAAGUCCAUGUUUGUAUGGAAGUCAAGGGUGUGUGUGUGUGCAUCCUUGCUCAUACCUGGGGGAAAAGAAGAACAUUAUCUGAGAGAAGCAGCCAGUGAGCUUUUCCUGCACUUAGCUUCUAGCCACAAAUUUAGUCAGUGAGCUUUAUUCUGUUUAUCCAACUACUUUUUGUGUAGCUACGUCUGGGAGUCCCAUAGGUAGACUAAAAUGUUUACAACAAUCUGAUCAUCUUGUCUUCCAAGUCUACUCCUUUCAUUUCCAGUUUCAUGAAUGAUCAAGUCAACCAGAAACCUGGGAAUCAUCUGGUCGCCCCACUCACCUCUCCUUCCAUCUCUAGUUCAUCACCU